CACGGGUAAGACUGCUCUAACACAAGACACGGGUCAGCGUUCUCUGCGGAUCGGAUGAACGAAAGGAACGUCGCCAGGAGCAGCAGAAUACAAUCUAAUGUCAACUGCACAGCCAGUCGUGUUGUUUACAUGAGUGCCGUAGACCCCGGAAGCCCUCCAAAUCCUGCUGUGCAACGCUGCUUUGAUCUGAAGAGCGCUACUCCGGUGCGGAGACCAGAAUAAAAAGCCUGCGGAAGUAUGAGCCCAGCGUGGUGCGAUGUCCCUGGUGAACCUGUUGGGUGGCCUGCGGCGUCUGCUACGCCGGAGGCACGUGCACAUCGACAAUUGCGUCUUCAGACUCCACUGGCUCGUCACGUCGUCACUGCUGGUCGCCUUCAGCCUGCUGGUCUCGGCGCGCCAGUAUGUGGGCGACCCGAUCGAGUGUGUGCCGCCCACGAGCGACUUCCCGAUGGAGGUUCUCAACACCUACUGCUGGAUUCACUCUACCUUCACCAUGCCGACGGCGCUGGACAAGCGCGUCGGGCUGGACGUACCUCACCCGGGCGUCGACAACUCGAGUGGUGCCGAGCGGCGCUACACCGCCUACUACCAGUGGGUGGCAUUCACGCUGUUCUUCCAGGCGGUGCUCUUCUACGUGCCCUACUACCUGUGGAAGAACUGGGAAGGCGGCCUCCUCGAGGUCAUCACCAUGGGAAUGCACGUCGCCAUCAUGGAAGAGAAGGACCGCACUCACAAGAAGCGCGUGCUCACCGAGUACCUGCACAGGCACAUGCGUCACCACAGGCUGUACGCGCUCAAGUACAUAUUCUGCGAAUUCCUCAGUUUCGCCAACGUUGUCGGCCAAAUGUUCUUCAUGGACAAAUUCCUGGGCGGCGAGUUCUGGAACUACGGCGUCCAAGUGGUUCAGUUCACGCUCACGGACCAGGAGGAGCGGCGCGAUCCCAUGAUCUACGUCUUCCCGCGAAUGACCAAGUGUGUGUUCCACUCCUUCGGUUCUUCGGGAGACGUGCAAAGGCACGACUCUUUGUGUAUUCUGCCACUGAACGUGGUCAACGAGAAAGUGUAUGUUUUUCUCUGGUUUUGGUUCGUGACGUUGCUCGUGCUCACCACGGUGGUGUUCGUGGGCCGACUCGUCAUCCUAGCAGUGCCCAAGUUGCGCUUCCAGGUGCUCAAGUCCCGGAGCCCACUGCUCAACUCGGACGACCUACGGACGCUGACACGGUUCGCCGAUGCUGGCGAUGCCUUCCUCUUCUACAUGCUCGCUCAAAACCUCGACCCUCUGGUCUACAAGGAAGUUGUCGCAGACCUGACAGUUGUUAUGAACCAAAAGUCAAGUGAGGACAGGUCACCACUCAAUGCAAUUUGAGUUCUUGUUACAUCACUGUCAAAGGAAGGCGUCUCUGCACAGCAGUCACCUACCCAAGUAUUUCUGUGCUUCUAAUUAUUCGCGACUGUACGAGGCAGGAGACAGACGGUGCAGGCAUCGUAUGAACUACAGCCAGUACAGCAUUACCUCCACAACCACAUAGUAACAUUGCUUUUGCUGUGGUGAUUGUCACUAACUUAUUUCAGCUCUACCAGGUAAACAAUAUUUAAAAUGUAUUACGCACAAAACGAACGUACAGCGCUUCUCUGAGUAACGCGGGAUUUUCCAUCUCGUCAAGUUGCGUUAUAUUGGUGUUGGAAUGGUUCCAACCCGUAGAAACAACGCAUAAAGCAUGCGUCACUAUGCUCUCUGAAAUCGACACUGUAGGCGUUGCGCUCGAAUCGUUGGUUUUAUUGACAACCGGAAAGGCUAGGAACUUAAUCGAAACAGCUGUUCUUGUAACACUACCCGACAGUGCCUACAUUAUGUACUUGCGUAUUUUGAGCUGUGCCUUUCUGCGGAGAAGCCAGCUGCAACCAGCAUUGACAUCUGGCAUGCUUUAGGAGUUAGUGAACCCUGACAUUAUGCUUCUAGAUUGAGCUGCCUGCCUCGAUUUACCGACUCCCGUUGUUGUUGCGGGAAAAGAAUACAUAGAUGGUGGGCUUUACUGAAACAAGUAGCGAAAGCGAAAUUAGUUUCUCCUACGCUUGAAGAGAUCUUCAGAAAAAGUAGAGUGGCAGCAAGAAAUCUACCUUUGCUAAAGCUAUAGCCUACGUGUCACACUGACAUCCGUGACCAAAGCACAGCGAGGCCGGCGCAGAUUUGGGUGCCUCAAAGCCUCGCUCUAAAGCGCGUGAACAUUCGUGUGUGAACAUCCAUUCUGCCGUGUAAGUUUUCUGUGUGUCCUUUUCGCAAGCGCGCAAUUCAACAUAUCAAAAGAGUGGAGGAAGAGAGUGUGAAGAAAUUUGACAGUCACGAUGCCCAUGACGAAAAUAACAAUAUAUCAAGCGGACAGAUCCCUAUAUUUUCCUUUUCAAGAAUACCCACAGUCGUUGCAGGAAUGUUAGGAUAGGGAAGAGCUUACAAGCGAAACUACGCGAACCUGCAACAUGAGUCCAAUAUUUCUAGACGAAAGUCACGUGAGCAGUUUCUCUUUAAAGCAACUGAAUACGAGGACUCUUGAAAACAAAAAAUUGGGUCUCGUUUAAUCAAGAUAAUCAGAAAUAUGCAAUAGAAAACUGCAGUACCUUUCUACUGUUCACGAAAUGCGCAAACAAGUUCUUCGUAUUACUAUACAGUAAGCUCUUGAAGAGGCAAACCCAACUCAGUAAAACGAUGAAAAGGCGCACGAAAAAUUGCUAAUUGUUGAAUGGAGCUCAGAGGCGCACAAAGUUUACGCAUGCUCUUUUACACAAUUCCGUCUGCGGUCGAGAGACAGCUACUACGCAAAGUAUGACAUGUGAAAUGCAUUGGGAGAUAUCAAUAUUUCCAGCUAAUAUUCCCAGAGAAUCGUAUACGCCUGUAUUUUUUGUGCUGAAUCAUUUGAGCCGGCUGUUUUGCUUUGCUAGGACGAAAGAAAAUCUCUGCGGAAGUAAGUUUAGUGAUCGGUAACGGGCGUAUGCUGGAUCGUUACGGGCUUACUAUGGAUAAAGUGUGCGGUGAGCAAAGAGGACACUCUGCACAAAACGUACGUCUGUAUAAAAAGCAAGACUUUUUCUUUGAAUAGCAUAUUAAUUCCGAGGAACUAUUAGUGGUGUACCUUCUUACCUCAGUGCCCCUCUAUCGCACGUCCGUUACACGAGCCUGUUCUGAAAGGCUGGGAAGUCCUGCAGAAUCUUUACAGUUUCCGUUUUGCUAGCAUAAUUGCCAGUAUUGUUAACAGAUGUUGGUUACGUAUGUUGCGCUGACACUUUCUGAAGCACCGUCUUCAUAUUUGAAUACAUUGUAAUGUAACCAGGUGCAAAAGAAUUCUGAUACUAUCUUCAGCUAGCUAGCAAAGCAGCAAAUUUUCUUCUGACGUUUUAAGAACCACAAUUUACUGAAGCAUUUGCGCAUCGCUCUGUUGAUUCCUUCUCCGGAUGUCGAAAAUUUUAUUUUCACUAGCUAGGAAAGAAUUUUUUGUGCGACGAGUAGAACAAGUGGCCAAUUAAAAUGAUUGUUCGGAACUGUUAAACACUAGGCAUAUAAGGUUGAAUGAGUGGUCCGGUUGCAUACAAGAGCUGAUUUUACUCAAGCGAACGCGAGAAAAGCCCCUCUGUGUUUACGUGUACUUAUACUUUUUUUCCCAAAAACGCAUUAAUAUUUUUUACGUUAGCAGCAUUGCCUUUUAUAAGAGCGUGUAUGACAUAGCUAACACUCGUUCGUGAUGUGUUUUCGAACAGACCAAUGAAUAUGUGAUUCAAUAGGCGAUACGUUUACAAUAAUGUGUUUGGAAUGUGUUGUACAUUUGCGGCUCAUGAGGCAGCUAAAUAACUAUUUGUGAUUUGAUGUGUGAAAUAGCAAGAUGUCCACAUGAGAUAUUAGCGUUGCAGCUGUAAACUUCUAGACAAACGAAAGCUGCAAUGCAAAUAAGACUGAUCAUGGUUACCUUGGUAACCUUACUAAGUGCAACUGCACAUGAAACACGUUUCACAGCAGUUUCCUUACAGAUUUGCUGCUUAGUCUGUCAUUAUAGGAUGUUUGUAAGGCAACAGAGACUUACCUUGAUGCAAUGUAAUAUUGAAUAUGUGGUAUGAAUGCGGUAAUAUUGAUAAUGAAAAUCAAUAAAUGCACAUUUGACAUCUUA